AUGGCAGGCCCAGACUAUGAUGGGCUUUUGUGUGAGAAUCUGAUUAUGGCAUGCCGGACCGGUGCAGACAGGUAUUGCAGCAUCCGCCGGAGGGAAGAAGCGGGUGCUUCAAGUAUGUCGCCGAUGAAAAGCCCUUUUUUCCCCUUUGACUCGAGCGUUCACGGACGCACGGGGACGCUGUUCAUGGCUAAUGCACGUCUAAGCCCGUCCCCAAGUGGCCGUGGCCGUGGCCGUGGCCGAGAGGAGAGAGGGGGCGUGCUCUAUCUGUCUCCGCCAACCUCACAGUGGCCAUCCGUGAAUAGCAAACCAACAACGGCAGGGCAGCACAACGUGGCUCCGUCCUGGGCACGAGACCGAGCAGGACAGCACACAGCACACAACCGGCAAGGCCAGGUCGAAUACGGGUCAGGCCGAAGCAACGACGGCUCCAUCCAAGCUAGACGUCACGCCCAUGGCAUGGCCGGCAGUUCACCGCAGUUCACCGCUCCUCUGUGCAUGCCAUGGCAUGCUUCUAGUGCAUCGCCGGGCGCUCACAGCCCACAGUGGGGGGGCUUGACCGGAGCCGUCGAGGCAGAUAUUGCAGGGCGUGGAGCCACAGUGGCCGUUGGCAGCCCUCGGGCGUGA